ACCGAGGGAAGCUCCAGCCUCUGGAUCCGUUGGACUCUGCUAACACCGAGAAUGAAACGGAGCAUUUCAACUUUACUCUUCCAACACUCCUGAUAACGGGAUACAUUAACUCGUAUUCAACCCUGGAAUUAGUUUGGCUAAAUGUAUCUAUCAUGGUAACGAAAUAACUCUGGUCGCCUUUGGCUGUGAGCGAUUAGCAAAGCUAACGGCGCAGGCUAACCUCACAGUUAGCCUUAGCAGUGUUAGCUCACUUUGCUGCUUGCUCUGCUAACUGAGGUUAGCUUCUUCAUUAUGUCAACUCGUGCAACCGCGCAGGAAACAGUUCAUCUCUAAGUGAUUAACACCACCACCACCAUGUUUAUCUACCUCAGCAAGAAGAUCGCCAUCCCCAACAAUAUCCACCUAAAAUGUGUCUCCUGGAACAAAGACCAAGGCUUCAUUGCCUGCGGGGGGGACGACGGUCUCCUCAGGGUACUCAAGCUCGAAACUCAAACAGAUGAUGCCAAACUUAAAGGUCUGGCUGCACCCAGUAAUCUGUCAAUGAAUCAGACACUAGAGGGACAUAGUGGUGCAGUACAAGUGGUAACGUGGAAUGAACAGUAUGAAAAGCUGACAACCAGUGACCAGAAUGGACUCAUCAUCGUAUGGAUGCUCUACAAAGGAGCGUGGUACGAGGAGAUGAUCAACAACAGGAACAAGUCAGUGGUCAGGAGCAUGAGCUGGAACGCGGAUGGUCAAAAGAUCUGCAUUGUGUAUGAGGAUGGAGCUGUCAUUGUUGGAUCUGUAGAUGGUAACCGGAUUUGGGGAAAGGAGCUGAAAGGAAAUCAACUUGCACAUGUGGCAUGGUCACCUGACAGCAAAAUUCUCCUCUUUGGCAUGGCCAAUGGGGAAGUGCAAAUCUAUGAUAAUCAAGGAAACUUCAUAACGAAAAUGACCAUAAGCUGCCUCAUUAAUUCAGCUGGAGGUAUCAGUAUCGCAGGUAUCCACUGGUAUGCAGGAACUGGGGGCUAUGUGGAGGCAGACUGCCCAUGUCUCGCCAUCUGUUUCGACAAUGGAAGAUGCCAGAUCAUGCGAUAUGAGAAUGAUGAAAACCCAGUGUGCAUCGACACUCUGAUGAAUGUGGUCAGUAUCCAGUGGAAUCACUGUGGUAGUGUUCUGGCAGUGGCUGGUUCUCUCAAAGCCUCAAAUAUGGAUAAAGAAUUCAACGUUGUGCAGUUCUACACACCAUUUGGAGAGCAUAUAAGAACUCUCAAAGUUCCUGGGAAGCAGAUGACAGGGGUUUCCUGGGAAGGAGGAGGGCUACGUAUCGGCCUGGCUGUGGACUCCUACAUCUACUUUGCGAACAUACGACCAGAUUACAAGUGGGGCUACUGUUGCAGCACAGUAGUGUAUGCCUACACAAAGCCAGAGCGACAGGAGUACUGUGUGGUAUUCUGGGAAACCAAAAACAAUGAGAAGUUUGUUAAAUACGUCAAGAGCCUGAUGUCCAUCACCACUUCAGGGGACUUCUGUAUCCUGGCCAGCAAGGCGGAUGAGAGCCAGCCUCAGGAGGAUGCUGAGUUAGAGUCUGGGACUCAUGCAAGGUAUGUCCUGAUUCUGUGCAACUCCAUUGGGACUCCAUUGGACUCAAAAUACAUCGACAUUGAGCCAUUGUUUGUCACCAUGACAAAAACACAUGUGAUUGCUGCGUCCAAAGAGGCUUUCUACAUGUGGCAGUACAGAGUGGCAAAGAAACUAACGGCCCUGGAGAUCAACCAAGUGACCAAAACUAAGAAGGAAGGCAGAGAGAGGGUUUAUCACAUUGACAGUAGUCCAUCUGGAACCAAUGACAGCAGUCCAGAUAUUGCAAAAGCCUUCACAGCAACUCGAGACCCCAUCUGUUGUAUUACAGCAACAGAUAAGACCAUGAUUGUGGGUCGUGAGUCUGGUCUCAUCCACAGAUACAGUCUCCCAAAUGUUGGUCUUGUCCAGAAAUACACUUUAAACAACAGAGCCCACUAUCUGUACAUUAACUGCAACUCCAGUCGUCUGGCGAUAAUCGACAUCGCAGGCGUGCUGACUCUGUUGGACCUGGAGGUUCGUGCCUCCACUGACAACAUCACCGGGAACCAGGUAUCCGCUGGAGAUCCGUCAAAGUUCGAGCGCAAGGAUGUCUGGGACAUGAAAUGGGCGAAUGACAACCCUGAUCUGUUCGCCAUGAUGGAGAAGACCAGGAUGUAUGUCUUCAGGAACCUAGAUCCAGAGGAGCCCAUCCAAACAUCUGGAUACAUUUGCAACUUUGAAGACCUGGAAAUAAAAUCUGUCCUGCUUGAUGAAAUCAUGAAGGAUCCAGAGAGGCCGAACAAAGACAAUCUCAUCAACUUUGAAAUCCGCUCCCUGAGAGACAGUCGAGCACUGAUUGAAAAAGUUGGGAUUGAAGAUGCCUCACAGUUCAUUGAAGACAAUCCACACCCAAGACUCUGGCGUCUGCUAGCUGAGGCGGCUCUUCAGAAGCUGGAUCUGAAGACAGCUGAGCAGGCCUUCGUCCGUUGUAAAGACUACCAGGGCAUUGAGUUUGUCAAGCGCUUGGGCAACCUGCAGAGCGAGCCCAUGAAACAGGCCGAGGUGGCAGCAUACUUCGGCAGGUUUGAGGAAGCCGAGCGGAUGUACCUCGAUAUGGAUCGCAGGGACCUCGCCAUUAGCCUCAGGAUCAAGCUGGGAGACUGGUUCAGGGUUCUUCAGCUGCUUAAAACUGGCUCCGGGGACUGUGAUGAUACUCUGCUGGAACAGGCGUACAAUGCCAUUGGAGACUACUUUGCUGACAGGCAGAAGUGGGUUAAUGCAGUGCAGUACUACCUACAGGGCCGGAACCAGGAGAGGCUAGCAGAAUGCUACUACAUGUUAGAGGACUACGACGGCCUUGAGAAACUGACCCCUGUGCUGCCAGAGAAUCAUAAACUUUUACCAGAAAUUGGGCAGAUGUUUGCCACCGUGGGCAUGUGUGAACAAGCUGUGAACGCCUACCUGAAGUGCAACCAGCCCAAAGCUGCCGUUGAAGCAUGUGUUCAUCUGAACCAGUGGAACAAAGCCGUGGAACUCGCCAGGACCCACAACAUGAAGGAGAUUAAAUCUCUUCUGUCCAAAUACGCCUCACAUCUUCUUGAGAAGAACAAAACUCUGGAAGCGGUGGAACUGUAUCGGAAAGCCCACCAUUUUCUUGAUGCAGCCAAACUCAUGUUUAAGAUAGCCGAUGAGGAGGCGAAGAAGAGGACACGACCGCUGCGGGUGAAGAAGCUCUAUGUGUUGGCGGCGCGUCUUGUUGAAAAUUACCACGAGCAGGUGAAAACGUCACAGCAGAGCAAAACCAAAGGGAAGCAGUCUGAGGCAAAAUUUGCACUCGCUGGGCUGCUUGAGGAAGAUGCAACGUCUUCAGACGAUCGUAUUGUGGACAACGCGUGGCGUGGAGCCGAGGCCUAUCACUUCUUCCUGCUCGCUCAAAGGCAGCUCUAUGGAGGCUAUAUGGAGAACGCUAUGCGCACAGCCAUGCACCUGCGUGAGUAUGAGGACAUCAUUCCAGCAGUCGAAAUCUACUCUUUGUUGGCCAUUUGCUCCGCAUCCAACCGGGCAUUCGGCACAUGCUCACAGGCCUUUAUCAAAUUGGAAUCCAUGGAGAGUCUAGAGCCUGAGCAGCGGCAGCUGUACGAGGAUCUGUCCCUGGAGAUCUUCACCAAGCACAACCCCAAGGACAGUCGCACCAUGGAGCGGGAACGAUCAUCAGAGGGGGCAGAGGGAAAGUUACCCACGUGCAUCGUGACCGGUCUGCCGAUCCAGGAGUACCAGUUCUGGAUGUGCAAUGUGUGUAAACACUGCGCUCUGGAGCAGGAGAUCGGCAAAUACAACUGCUGUCCGCUGUGCCACAGUCCUGUAGCUUGAGGCUCAAUACAUGGAGUUUGUUUUCCACACAUAAAAGCUCAUUUCA